GGCACGUUGCCCCCGUUCUGAACUUUUCCUGGCCCAAACAGCCCAACACCAUCUUCUCCCUUUCGCUUCUGGACCUGGCCAUGGCGGCGCGCCGUACAACAGCGAGCCCGCGCUGCCGGCGCUCGCCCCUCCUUGCCGCUCCUCCCUCUCCCUCUCUCUAGUUCUCCCUCUUGCAUCCCCGCGUUCUCCGUCGCCUAAUCCCUGACCGGGCUGCCGCGUCCGCCCUCACUCCCUGCCCGCCCCCCGCCACGACAGUGCCACUGCGCCGGAUUCCUGCUCGCGGCUCUCCCCGACGCGUCCGUCCUCCCUGGUCGCUCCCCACAGCUGCAGGGCGGACGACCUCCACGACGUUGGCUGCGCUCUGCCCGGUCGCUGGUCGGCAUUCGCGACGGUGUACUCUGCGCUGCUGUCCCGGUCAUCCACAGUGCAAAGGAGAACCAAAGCAUGGAGGAGGGUUUCAACAAGAAGAGAGCCGUGUUGACGUUGUCGCAAGAACCGGAGGUUGGGGCAAUGGCGGCCGCGCCUGUGGGGACUGUACACUGGUCCAAAUGGUCCUCGCUCCCAGGCGACCUCGUCCGCCGCAUCGCCGACUCCUUCCUGGCCUCUAACGACCUCGACCACUACAUGUGCCUCCGCGCCGUCUGCACCUGCUGGCGCUCCGCCACCGAUGAACCCAAGGAUAACGCCUCCGACCCCCGCUUCCAGCCGCGCCGGUGGAUCGUCCUCGACGAGGUCUUCCAGACCGAAGGCAAGCUGCUUCUGUUGAACACCGACACCGGCCGCUUCCUCCACAAAAAGCUUCCACUGCUCCGCGAAUACUACGUUGUGGCCACCACUCCCAGCGGCUUCUUCGUCUUGGCGGACAGGAGCCCUCCUCAUGCCGCUCGUGUUUUCAACCCUCUCACCGGUGACUUGACCCGUUUCGUGGCGCCCAUGCCCCCCGAGGUGGGGGUUGCCGAGGUCAUCUGUGACAAAGGCGCGCUCUACCUCCAUUUUCUCGGUGACUCAACAUGCAAGAUUUACAUGGCCCUUCCGGGAAAUCAAGGUUUCGUCUCUACAGACUGUGGGAAAAAAGUUUACAAUAUUUUCCGGGAUGCUAUCCUAGGUGGUGCCUACCCACAACGCAUCUCUGGGCCGGCAUUGGUUGCUGCGUUUGGUGAGUUGUACGAUUAUGUGAGUUCUCCUCAUGGUGAUCCGCUCAAGGUUUUCUCCAACCUUUCUGAAGAAGCUGCAAACAAUAUCCGGUUCCGUUUUUUUGUAGUGGGUUUGGAUGCACAACUUUUUCUGCACAUCGAAAUACAAGGAAGAACCCCCUUUGUGUUUAAGAUGAACAACGGGAUUGGUAAGAUCGAGCCUGUGGAGAGCAUCGGCAGAUUUGCCAUCUUCAUUGGUCACCACGGGUGCCUAGCUGUCGAUGCUGAUAAGUUCCCAGGCAUGGAGGCAAACUGCAUCUACUACACUCAAGACUUGGGUUCGUCGGCUCACAUCUGCAAGUACAAUAUUAAAGACAAGAAAGUAGAGAGGCUCUCUGAAGUCGCCGAAUUCAUGAAGCAAGACAAGAAAUUUGUCCUCGUUACUGCCCGUCCAUCCACAAUCAUCCAGCUUCUCUGCAGUUACACAAUCAAGUGCAGGGAUUCUGAACUAGUCUGGCAACAAACACUAUAAGGCACAGGGAUUCUCAAAUCUCAACUGGCCAUGCAACAACUGGUAUAAGGCGCCGACCAAUCUUGUUCUGAACUGCCCUUUUGCUAAGUAACUCUUCAUGUUGCCUGUCUAGUGUGUUGGUUUGUUGGUUUGGUUAGGCCUUGGCAUGAAACAUUUUGUAUUACAUCUGGCAGUGACAACCUCUGCAUAUAGCUCCUGCAUUUGGAUCGCCUUGCCUCGUUACUUUCAUUGGGCUUUGUUAAUUUUUGAAUCUGCUGUUGGUAAGAAAGAGGUUUAAUA